AUGGGUCAAAAAAGAAAGGCCUCGGAAGGCUUUGAUACGCCCAAGAAGAUCCUCAAGCAGACGGCGCUGGAUGAUACCGACCCAAUCUAUGAGGAAGCUCAUUCCGAUUGCGAUUACGCGUCGUCAGAUGAAGGGAGUAUAGAUAGCAAUAGCCUUCAUGAAACCCCGGCAACUCCCAUCUCAACAAUCUCAGCCAGGUACCCUUCCGAGCUGAAGACUCACCGCUGCCCUUUUGACGGAUGCACAAAGGCCUUCAAUCGCCCAGCCCGCCUCCAGGAACAUCUCCGUUCGCAUAAUAAUGAACGGCUCUUCAAUUGUACCCACGAUAAUUGUGAUAAGACAUUUUUGCGAGCUUCGCAUCUGAACCAUCAUAUCAAGAGCGCUCACACCGGAGUUCGAGAUUAUGUAUGUGACCGGCCAGGGUGUGGGAAGAGUUUUGUAACCGGGUCCCGUCUUCGUCGCCAUCUGGCUGCCCAUGAUGGAAAAGAAAAGUACCGUUGUACGGAAUAUCCCCCUUGCAAUGAAACCUUCCGAAAGCACUCGACCCUCCAGAAGCAUAUAACGACCGUUCACUUGAAGCGAAAACCAUUCCAAUGCCCGCAUAUUGACCCAAGUACUGGUCUGAAAUGCUCUAUGGCUUUUGACACCGCUGGUCACUUGCGAGCGCAUGAGAGUAGAGUUCACACAGAGAAGCGGUUCAGCUGCACAGAGUGCUCGCAGCAUCUGGAAGUAACCGACCCGCCCUCAGAUAAUCCUUCGGCUGGCUUAUCCGCAGUGACUUUCCCUACCUAUGCUCUUCUUCAGGCUCACAUUAAAACUGCGCAUCCCCCACAAUGCUCUAACUGUUCUAUCACCUGUUCGACAGCCCGUGAACUACGUCGGCAUCUCGAAGUCGCACACGGCGAUGUGAGUCUCGAAGAACGGAAAGUAUUUCCGUGUGUAGUCCCCGGGUGCGAUCGAAGUUUCACGAAGAAGGGGAACUUGACGGUCCAUAUCCGGACCGUCCACCAAGGCGAGAAACGGUUCGUCUGUGGCGAGACAGACCUCUCGAGCUCCAAAAAGGUAGCGGGGUGGAGUGGCGAUGGAUGUGGAAAGCGAUACGGAAGCAAACUCGCUCUCGAAGAACAUAUUCGUACCGCACAUCUUGGCUGCCUGAAUGCUAAAGCCGAACGACGACAACGUCUUGGUCUUGGUAAAGGACAACAGAAUGCUCAAAGCAGACCUACUGGUUUAUCAGCGCUGGCCGCUCUGACGGGUGAGGGCUACGCCGAAGAAACAGGUCGCCAUAUUCCGUGUUUCUUUGAUACUUGUGCGCACCGCUUUCACCGCAACUAUGACCUUUGGGUGCAUAUGGGCAGCAAACACAGCUGCACAGAGGACGAGAUCCGCGAUAUGUUCAUGCAGCGAGCAUUGUUAGCUGAAGACCCAGAGCCUAUUACCGGUGAUAUGCUUGGAAUCUACGGGCUUGAGUUUGACAACGAUGACCCCUCUUAUGAACCGUAUAUACUAGGGGAAACCUUGGAUGCGAGCGCAGAGCUGAGUACAAAGGACGAAAAUACCCUUGCGAGCCUGAACCCACCAGACUUCCCCAGUACUCUGGAAUUCGACUCCAACUUUAUGAUGCAAGAUGUUGAUGUGGAGACAUCAAAUGCUGAUGAUAUGGCGAUGAUCGAUCCUUUACUAGCGUAUGAUAUGAUGGACGCAUAG